ACUCGAAUCAAGUGGAACAUUCUUCUCCAUAGUGAGAAUUUGAAUGAUAAUGUUUGGUACUGCAAUGUACUAGCAGUUGCCUCAUUUGCUCAGUCUAGGGCCCAGUGAAUCGACUUUUAACGUCGAUGAACCUUACUUGUGCUUGAUGCAUUACGUGAACGUCUUGAUCUUUGUCAGAAAUGGAAAAUACUUGUUAAUCGACUUAUUUCAAAUGAUCAUCAAAAUCUUAUCGGUAGGAAAUGAUAAAUCAAUGAUGUUUCGUUUUUUUUUUUCGAUAUAAAGAAUGAUAGUCUUUUUUGUAAAUUAAAAUCGAAAACAAUUUUACCUUUAGUUUUCAGAGAUAGAUGGAGGACAAUGUGCAUUUUUGAACGAGUAAAUAGCGGAAUUUUGAAAUUCUAUAGAAUCCGAAAUUCAGGAUUCCCUUAGAUUUCGCUAUUUCCUGAGCUUAGUCAUUCCGAAAACUAAUUUCAGAAAAAAACUAUACAUUCAAAUUAAAAGACUUCUUCAAUAAUCGAUACUAGACAAUAUACAGUUUCAGAAUAUCUACUUGAUGCAUCUACCAGGUCGUUUAAUUUUCUCAUCGAUAUCAGUAUUUCCAAGCUAAUUUUUGAAAUCUAGUUGUUCCACUCUGCUGAACAAUUUGUAACAAAAAUUUUUACGUUAUUAGAUGGAGUAUGUCUCAAAAUAUAUGUAUGUACAGCUAGUUGAAUCGAUGAAAGAGUAACUUUCAUUUUUUUACCUAAUGUCCUCCUGAAUGCACACUAUAGAGGGCGAAGAAUGAUUGAGUGCUAGAAAAAAGAGCGUCGCGCUCUACAUAAGUUAUACCCUUGCUUAGUUUUGAUUAUUCAUAGAAUACGAUUUCAAGUUUUUGUAUGAUAGAUUUUAAUGAUAUUGAAAAACAUACGACAUCUGGUGUAUUAUGUUUACGUGAUGAUAUUCGUAUAAAAAUGGAAGAAAAAUUAGCUGAAGCUAUUGAAUAUCGACAAAUGGCAAAAAAUAUUUUAAAACUUACAUUAAAUGAUAUAAAUCAAUUAAAAAAUCGAGUAAAAUCAAUUGGUAUUACAUUUAAUGAAAUGAAAACUAUUCAAAAUAUUUUAACUGAUUGUCUUCAUUAUCAAGAUGAAAUAAAAAUAUUACUUCAAUCGGAUAAACUUCAAUCAACGGAUGUUUAUUCAAAUUAUAUUGAACGUAAUAAUCAAUAUCAUAUUGAAUUACCAAUUAUUGAACGUUUAAAAUUAUUCUAUCAAGCUAGUAUUUGGUAUGAACUUGUACAAAAAACAUUAAAUCGAACAAUAUCAUCAAGUAAACUUCGAUCAUUAAUAUCAUCUGGACAAACAUUUCAAGCAUUACAUCAACAAAUUCAGCAAAAAAUUAAUGAAUUACAAAUACAAUUACAACAAUUAGAAUAUUGGGAGGAAAAAACUCGACCAUUAACCAAAGAAGAGCAAGUUAUUCCAGUAGAACUAUUAGAUUAUAUGAUAGGUCUUACAAUUGAAUAG